AUGGCGGCGUCGCUCCCGCGACUCAAGAAUCGGCUCUUAAGAACCUAUGGGGCUGCGGGCGGGGGACCGCGGUGGCGGUCGGGUCGGGCAGGUGCGCAGUGGUUCCCGCCUCAAGAUCAAAAGCGUUUCUUCAGCAGCACCAGUAGCAGCAACGCCAGCAGCGACGACCCCUCGCAGUCCGUCGGUUCCGACGACUCCGAAGACCCCGACUUCUCCUGCAGCCAGGUGGGUCCACGGCGGAGGCGAGCUGGCGGUCGCAUCUCCAAGGACCGGCCGAGCCUGGUCGUGACCCCAAGACGCCUGAGGCUGCGUGCUCGGCCCCCGCAGAAGUGCAGCACCCCCUGCAGCUCACUCCGACCGCCGCUCUUCCCGAGCAGCAGCCCGGGCCGCCUCAGCCCGGACCUCAGUGUGUGCAGCCAGCCCAGCGACGGCGGCGAGCUGGGCACCAGUGCCUCCCUGUUUAGCUCCCCGGCCUCUCCGGGCCCCGGCCCUAGGUCUCCAGCGCCGGGAGACAGUGACAUCGGGACCGGCCCCUCCGCCUCUCUGGAUGCCACCUCUCUGCACCAAGCACCUCCUCCCUGCUCCCAGGAGGCAGCAACAGGACGAGGCAGGCUCACCAGGUUGACCCAAAGAACUCGUGCCAGCCUCAGGUCAGCUCUCCUUCGCCUUACGGACUCAGGAAACCCUGAGGAUUUUGAGUUUGGGACAGAUGGGAAGGAUAAGAGGGAGUCCUGCUGUGAAAGGGAACUGGUGGUGAAGAGGCUGAGGAGCCCAGGUUUAUCAAGAAACCGAAAGAAGAGGGCCACAGACCAGGGCUCUUGUCAAGAGCUUGAGGCCCAAGGGGCUGUCCAGACCGAAUUCGCGGAGGCCAGUGGUUGCAAGGGCCGUACUGUACCUGGAAAAGUCAACAGGCCUGAGAGAGCUGGGGCAAGCCGGAAAAGGAAACAUCAGGAGGCAGUAGAAACCUCCCUCCUCCAUUACCACCAGUUUAAAAAGAGCCAAAAGACGGGGAACGAUUCAUUCCUCACACAGAACCUGCCUGAUUUACAGAAUGACUGCUCUUGGACCAAAGCCAGGGCGUCUUUCAGUUUCCACAAGAAGAAGAUCGUGACCGCUGUGUCAGAAGUGUGCAGCAGCUACACCACUGCCAGUUCUCCCUCCAGGUCUCUCAUAUCAGAAUAUUCAAACACCCCUGUCUCAAACAGAACAAACGGUGCUCCAUCCCCUUGGCACUCCUCUUCGAUGUAUUUGCUAAGCCCCUUAAAGACACUACACGUCAGAGACCAAAAGGCAUCUGAUGCUGAAAAGGUUUAUAGGGAAUGCAACCAGGAGGGCCCUAUCCCCUUUAGCUCUUGCUUUUCCACGGAAAAGCUGGAAUGCUGUGAAAAGAUUGGGGAAGGGGUGUUUGGUGAAGUGUUUCAAACAAUCACUAAUCGUACACUUGUAGCCCUAAAAAUCAUUGCUAUUGAAGGGCCGGAUUUAAUCAAUGGAGCCCAUCAGAAAACUUUUGAGGAAAUCCUUCCAGAGAUCAUCAUCUCCAAAGAGUUGAGCCUCUUGUCUGAUGAGGUAUGCAACCGCACAGAAGGCUUUAUUGGGCUGAACUCAGUGCACUGUGUUCAAGGACCUUACCCUCCCUUGCUCCUCAAAGCCUGGGAUCAUUAUAACUCAGUCAAAGGGUCUGCAAAUGACCGGCCAGACUUUGAGGAAGACCAGCUCUUCAUUGUGCUUGAAUUUGAGUUUGGAGGGAUUGACUUAGAGCAAAUGAGAAGGAGGUUGAACUCCAUAGCCACUGUAAAGAGCAUUCUACACCAGAUCACCGCAUCCCUUGCGGUGGCAGAGGCAUCGCUGCACUUUGAGCACCGAGACUUACACUGGGGGAAUGUGCUCUUAAAGAAAACCAGCCUCAAAGAAGUCCACUACACCCUCAAUGGGAAGACAGGUACCAUCCCCACCCGUGGGCUGCAAGUCAGUAUCAUCGACUACACCCUGUCACGCUUGGAGCGGGAUGGGAUUGUGGUUUUCUGUGACAUUUCCAUGGAUGAGGACCUAUUUACAGGUGAAGGUGACUACCAGUUUGAGAUCUACAGGCUAAUGAAGAAGGAGAACAACAACUGCUGGGGUGAAUAUCACCCUUAUAGUAAUGUGCUCUGGCUACAUUACCUCACAGAUAAGAUGCUGAAAGAAAUGACCUUCAAGACUAAAUGUAACACCCCUGCCUUGAAGCAAAUGAGGAAUAAGAUCCUGCAUUUCCAUAGGACAAUGCUGAACUUCAGCUCUGCCACUGACCUGCUCUGCCAACACAGUCUAUUUAAGUAAGUGAAAGGUGCCUUACCGCCCUGGAAAGGCCACUAGCCUUGACAUCCCCCAGUGCUGUU